AUGUCUGACGACAAACGAGUCUGCCUUGCCUACUCUGGAGGCCUGGACACAUCCGUCAUACUCCGGUAUCUUAUCAAUGAGGGCUACACCGUGGUUGCUUAUCUCGGCAACGUCGGCCAGGACGAGGACUGGGCCGCCGUCGAGAAGAAGGCUCUGGCUCUCGGUGCCGAGCGCAUGGUGAUCGAUGACCUUCAGAAGGAGUUCCUUGAGGAACUUGUUUUCCGUGGCAUCCAAUGCAAUGCCAUUUACGAGGACAGAUAUCUUCUCGGAACCAGUCUUGCCCGGCCAGUAUUGGCACGCGCCCUCGUCCGCACCGCCCAGAAGUACAACUGCAAGAUUCUCAGCCACGGAUGCACUGGCAAGGGGGUUAGAUUUGAAUUAGCUUGGCGAGCACUCGAUCCUACUGUGUCUGUCAUCGCCCCGUGGCGCAUGCCGAAGUUCUUCAACCGCUUCCAGGGCCGACAAGACCUCCUCAAGUUUGCUGCCGAGAACAACAUCCCAGUUUCGUCCUCUCCCAAGUCUCCCUGGAGUCUCGAUGCCAACCUGGCACAUACCUCAGCCGAAUCGGGCAUCCUCGAAAAGCCCGAGGUGGUUGCGCCCAAGGAUGUCUGGACCAAAUCUGUUGAUCCGCUCGAUGCGCCCGAUGUCCCGACCAAGUUCUCUGUUACCUUCAAGGCCGGCAUCCCCGUCAAGCUUGAUGUGGAAGGCGGUGAAACCUACACCGACUCAGUCGAGCUCUUCAAGAAGCUCAAUGAGAUUGCAGGCGCCAACGGCGUUGGUCGAGUGGAUAUCGUCGAAUCUCGCUUUAUCGGACUGAAGAGCCGAGGCUGCUACGAUGCCCCUGCCCAUACGGUGCUGCGUCUAGCCCACGUUGAUCUCGAAGGCAUGACCGUGGACUCCAAGGUUCGCGGAAUUAUGUCCUGGAUCGGAAACGAGUGGUCCCAGUGCCUCUACAAUGGCAUGUACUUCUCCCCCGAGCGUGAGCUCCUCGAGAAUUCCAUCAUCUACAGCCAGAAGCAUGUGAAUGGCACAGUCAACAUGAUGGUCUACAAGGGAGCAGCUCAUGUCCUUUCCCGCUCUGCGCCGGACAGCAACCUGUACAGUGAGGAACAGGCUAGUAUGGAUACUCUCGAGGGAUUUAGCCCAGAGGAUACCAGUGGUUUCAUUGCCAUCCAGGCGAUUCGCCUGGAGAAGUAUGGCGCGGCCAAGAUCCAACAUGGCGAACCCCUGGUUUAG